GCUCAAGCGUGUUGGACCGGACAACGACCUCCUCCAGAGGCAGUUGGAGUUCUUGUUGCACCAGCUGAGCCGAACUGCCAGCGAGAGUGACAGCGAUGGCGAGGACUCGGAGGAAGAAGCGGCAGCGGCAGACCCGAAGCUCGAGGGCGACGCAGACGAUGGCGACAAUUUCUUGGAUGAGGAGGAGCUCGCCGCACACUUCCACCUCACGUCCACGUGUGUUGCACAAGGUGAUGGCAUCCCACAGUCAGAGAUAGACGCCAACGCCGAGAUUGCCGCUGCUGAGGCUGCAGCGGCAGAAGAGGCCCUCCGUUGCUUCCGGGCCAGCGCUGCUGUGGCUGAUGCUCAGCAACGACAGUUCCAUGCCUUCAUUGCCCGAAGCUAUCGGAACUUGAUGUCGCCGAAGAGGCGUGGUCACUCCUCUGACCGUCUGAUGUCACCCCUGUCGCCGCCGAUGUUAUCGCCGACCCCGUCGCCGGAGCCAG